GCGGGGUGGUUGGCUGGUCCUCGAUCGGCCUCAUGGCGCUCCUCGUUGUCUGGAGCUUCGUGGCGAACUCGGUGCUUACCGUGCUGAGCGUGGAGCUGCUCCUCGGCUAUCAGCAGUGGUUCGCCGUGCACGGCGCCGUGCUGCCUCCAGACCCGUUCUACUCCUGCCUGAUGGUCCUGGCCGCCUGCUCCUUUGUCCCGCUGCAGGGCGCGAUCGCCAACGCCCUGCUCAGGCUCCAGGACGGCCGCGCCAGUUCGCGGCUGAUCACCGCGCUGGCCAUGGCGGUGCACCACAGGGCCCAGCAGCUGCCUCGGGCGCCGGGCGGUUCCGCUUCGCCCGAGGGGGUGCCGACCGUGGGCAGCAUCGAGGAGCUCUGCCGCGACAGCGUGCGCACGGCGCUGCAGUGCGCCGCGGCCCCGCCGAGCCUCUGCGCGCUGCUCGCCCUGCUGUGGCCGAAGAUGGGCGCGGCCGCGGCGCUCGUGGUCGUCGGGCUCCUGCCGCUGAUUCUCUUGGCGGCUCGCCACCUGCGCGGCAUCGCUGAGAUGAAGGUGGCCCGCCAGGUCGCGGCGCAGCGGCGACACGGGCUCUGGAGGGGCCUGCUCGCGGGCCUGCCGGCCGUGCGGUGCCACGGCUGGGAGGGCCCCCUGGUGGCGCGGCUGAGGGCCGCGCGGGCGGAAGAGCUGGCCAGCGUUAGGGCCAUCCACACCGCCACGCAGCACGUCGCCGCUGUGGGCACGGUGUGGCCCCGCCUCAGCGGACUGCUGGCCCUCGCCGCCUACGCGCUGCUCAGUCCGACGGCGGACGGGCAGGCGGUCUUCUCCCUGCUGCUGGUCCUGAGCUACGCCGCCAGCCAGCUGUCCACCCUGGCCAUCGGGGCCUCCAGGCUGGCCUCGCGGCGCGCCGCCCUCGCGCGCCUCGAGGCCUUCCUGCUGCGGCCCGACGCCCAGCGCGCGCCGCCUGCGGCGGCCGCGGGCGCCCGGGAGGCCCUUGGCGCGCCCGAGAACACCGAGAGGAAGGAGGCGCUGAGGCGCGUGCUGCCGUCCUCCGCGGUGCGCCCGGCGUGGGCCCCCGCGCCAGGCCCGCCAGCGGGCGCCGAGGAGCCCAGGGCGCGAGCGCCCCGGGGCUCCAUCUUCCAGUACCUGCAUGCCCUCGGCGCUGGCCGCUUCGCCAGCUUCGCGGUGCUGGCGUUGGGCUCUCACCUCUCCCUCCUGCUGGCCGACGCCUCGCUCGCGCGCUGGGCCGGCGAGACGGCGGCUGGGCCUGGCCCGAGCCGGCCCGCGCCCCACUUCUGGCUGUGGACGUGCGGGGCCUGCUGGGGCCUGGCGGCGUGCUUGGGCGCGGCCGGCAGCCACGCCGGCGCCGCGUGCUCGUGCUCGCUCUCCGACAGGGUGCACUCCGAGCUCGUGGGCGUGGUCGUGGGGGCCUCGCCCGUUCGGGUGCUGAGAGGGCGGGCGCCGCUCGAGCUGGCGGACCGCUUCUCCGAGGACCUCGAUCAGGUGGACCUGGGCCUCUGGGUCCGGGCCGCCGGCCUCACGUCCGCGCUCUGCGGCCUGAUGUGCCCGCUGGCCUACGUCCACUCCGCGAUGCCGCCCGCGUUCAGCCUGGUGGCGCUGCCCUUCUACCUGGCCAUUUGGCUGUUCGCCCGAGCGUUCGGCGAGAGCGCCGCGCAGCUGCAGCGGGAAUGCCAGGAGCGCCGCCGCCGCGUGCACGCCCUCGUGUCUGGGGUGCAGCGGGCGGCAGCGCCCGCGCCCUUCGCCGAGCAGAAGGCGCAGCGCAGCCACAGUGCCCCUCAUGCCGUCGCGAUUGGAGCUUACGUGGGCGCGCUCUUCGCAGCGCACUCCGCGGGGACUCAGCGGCUCAUCCUGCGCCUAGGAGUCUGUCUGAGCUGCGUGUACACCACGGUGGUGCUCGUGGCCACGACGAGCCCAGGGACGCUGGACCAUGGCACCUUCGGUCUCACCCUCGUGUUCUGUGUUCUCGUUCUUCAGUCCCUGGAGCGCGCCGUGGAGCCUUGCGCAGGUGCAGAGCAGGACCCGUCGGCUGUGUGGAGACUUUCGGAGCUGCUGACGGCGCCACCGGAGGCGGCAGCCGCUGUCUCUGGGGACCCCCGCGCGGUCAGCCGCGCCUUCGAGGUCGACACUCGAGUUCUUGGGCAGCUCAGCGCCGAGACGGACAGCUCUGGCGUCCUCCGGGUGUGCAGCGAGGCGGGGCAGGCGCUACUGCGCGCUGCAGAGGACGACCAGGUUUUGGUGAUCGAGAGCGGCGAGCUGGCGGGCGGCGCAACUGGCGAUCCAGCCCCUGGCGGGAGCGGCGAGCGGAUCGUUGCCAUCAACGACGUCGGCGGCGACGCCCGCUGCAUGGCGGAGGAGCUGUGCGCCAUGGUGGGGCCCAUGACGGUCCUGGCGCGCGACGGCUGGCUCUGGGACGGCGCCCACCUUGAGGUCCGCGAUCUUUGCGCUGGCUACUACUCCGGCGAGGACGUUGUCCGCUCUGUGACGUUCCAGGUGGCGCCGCGCCAGAAGGUGGCCGUGGCCGGCGGGCCGGGCAGCGGCAAAUCCUCGCUGCUGCUGGCGCUGGCGCGGCUGCUCGAGCCGCGCAGGGGGUCCGUGGCGCUGGGCGGCGUGGACGUGUCCCGGGUCGGCCUGGGCGCCCUGCGCUCCGCGCUGGGCCUGGUGCCCCGGGAGCCCGCCGUGCUGCCCGGGACGCUGCGCUUCAACAUGGACCCCGGCGGGAGCUACACUGACGCGCACAUGCUGCUCGUGCUCCGGUCCAUGCGCGGCAUGGGCAGGCUGGCGGACGAUCCCGAGAGUCUCGACCGCGAGGUG